AUGGAGGGUACAAAAGAAAUAAGAAGGCACAAAAUGCUUGGAUAUGCACUUACAGGGAUUGAAGGGAUGGUUCUUGUUGUGGUAAUCGGGCAGGCUGUCAGGAAUCCGUUAGGGAUUCUCCUGAACCCACCUCAGGGAUUCUUUCGAAAUCUAUGCUCUGUACGUACUGUGAUGCUGUGGAUCGGGAUAUGCCUGUAUCUCAUUGGGAAGAUUGGCCUGGAUGCAGGGAGAACACGGAUUACCAUCUUCCUUUAUUAUUUCGUCUCACAAACAUUAUUUCUUGGGUACUUUGCCACUCAAUCCUCAAAUGGAUUGACGGGAGGCAGCAUGGUGUCAAUUCUUCCUGGUGCAUGCUCUAUAUACAACACAAUUCUCUCUAUAUCUCUGUCAUCUCUCCAGGCAUAUGGAGAAGAUAUUCUAUGGACGAGGCCAAGAUAUACACGAGUCAGGGGACUUUUCAACUACAUGGGGAAAAGCAUAGGUGUUGUGAUGCAAGACAUGCUUUAUCUUUACACAAGUAGUACGGGGAUGGCCAUAGGAGGGCUGGGAAUGUACUUAACGGUUUCCAGGACUCUAUUUCCCUGGAUCCGUUUUGGUGCCAUCUUCCAGCCGUUAAAUGAGACACCAUGGAAGACAUCCAAGAGCAUUUUUCUUGCCAACAUGUCCAUUGUAGCCUAUCUCUUCCUGGUGAGUGUUGUGGACAGACUGUUGGCAUAUAACAUGUCGUUGAUGAAUCUAAGCCUGGCGAACUAUUGGUACAAGGAGGAGGAGGACAUAAGAACCCUCAGGCUUCGGUUUUUUCAGAUCUCUGAGCUUUCUAUGAGAUAUCCCGAGGUUCUUAGAAGGAUUGCAAGAUCGAACAGAAGUAUGACAUCUCUUGGGCUGUAUAUCCGUAGAGAGGAAAGUGAGAUUCUAAAGGUAAUGGAGAUGAUGAGGAAAGAAAAAGAAGCACUUGAAUCCAAGAUGUGGUUUUCUGUUCCUCAGAUCAGCCAGCCUCUGGAUAAGCCCAAAGCAUUGGUGAUGCAAAGGAGAAUACAGUUUGUAAAGAGGAUAAGGUCGUACAACUUCAUUGAGAUUCUUGGGUCUCGGAUUGGGUAUUUCUGCAAGAUCUGGAUUCUAAUUAAUAGAUAUAGAAGCACCAGGAGGUCUUUCCUGUUGGUAAAAAGUUUCAUGAAGUUUCUGGAGAAGUACAAAGGCGACUACCUUCUUGUUAAAGAUCUUGAAGAGGCUUUUGAGUCUGUAAUGAAACACCUGCACAACGAGGUGUCUGACACUGAAGAGGUGAUUGGGAGAGGUCUAGAAUCGGACUUGUUCUGUAAGUAG